AAGAUUCGAGUCACUUGGAUAAAUCAAAAAACCCAAACACACUGUCCUCUCCACCACAUGACGGCGCCACCCUCCUCAUUCGCCUGCACUUUCAGCACGCCCAGUCAUUUCUUGGACCGUUCCCUUUCCAGUCGAGCCACACUUGCGCUAACCCUCUUUCUCCCUGGACCGUGAAAUCCACUCCCACUCCACUCGAAGACCGUCGCGAGCACAAGGAAAGAAGCGUGCGACGCCAUGGCGGACAGCGAGAGCGACACGGACGGCGCGGGCAGCAGCAGCAGCUCCGCCACCCCGCAGUCCUCCUGCACCUCGGCGGCCGCCUCCAACACCACUACGACCACAAUGAACGCCGCCACCAAAGCACAGGGCGUCGUGAUCUCCCAGUCCCGACUGGAGGAGCUGACAAACCGACUCGCGUCGCUGCAGCAGGAGAACAAAGUGCUGAAGAUCGAGCUCGAGACGUUCAAGCUGAAGUGCAAAGCGCUGCAGGAGGAGAACCGCGACCUGCGCAAAGCGAGCGUCACCAUCCAAGCGCGGGCAGAACAAGAAGAGGAGUUCAUCUCCAACACUUUAUUUAAGAAGAUUCAGGCUCUGCAAAAGGAGAAGGAGACGCUCGCCGUCAACUAUGAGAAAGAAGAGGAGUUCCUCACCAAUGACUUGUCCAGGAAGCUCAUGCAG